CUGGAGGGUCGGGAGGAGGAGAAAGGGAAAGCAGAGGCGAGAGAAAUUAGGAGGCGGGAGAAAUCGAGGGCUAGAAGGAAGAGGGGAGUCAGAGGAUGGUGGAGAGCACUUUUUGGAAGCCUCCACACCGAGUCUCAGGCUGGCCCGGCUGAACUGGGGGAGAGGGAGCGAGGGCGGCUCCGGGCGGGCGCUCAGGCGGCGGGAGGCAGCUCGGCGCGGGCCUGACCUCCCCAGAGCGCCCCUCUGCGGCCACGCAGGUCCGACCUCGCCGUCCAGCCAGCCCCGGACCCGCCGCUGGGCCGCCCCCGGGGAACGCUGAGCGCUCUCGAAGCGUCGGGACCGGCCGGCUGGCGGGCGUGCGGGCCGUGCGCCCAGGGCGCGCGAGGCGGGGAGGCCCUGGGAGCCCUGCGCGCCGGGACGCACGGGCCGGCAUGGCGAUGCACGCCCUCACCGGCUUCUCUCUGGUCAGCCUGCUCAGCUUCGGUUACCUGUCCUGGAACUGGGCCAAGCCGAGCCUGGUGGCCGACGCACCCGCGGAGGCCAGCGAGCAGCCCUCGGCCGCCCCAUCCCAGCCUCCCCACAUCAUUUUCAUCCUCACCGACGACCAGGGCUACCACGACGUGGGCUACCAUGGCUCAGAUAUCGAAACCCCUACGCUGGACCGGCUGGCGGCCGAGGGUGUCAAAUUGGAAAACUAUUAUAUCCAGCCCAUCUGCACGCCUUCGCGGAGCCAACUUCUCACCGGCAGAUACCAGAUCCACACAGGACUUCAGCACUCCAUCAUCCGCCCUCGGCAGCCCAACUGCCUGCCCCUGGACCAGGUGACACUGCCCCAGAAGCUGCAGGAGCUGGGUUACUCGACCCACAUGGUGGGCAAGUGGCACCUGGGCUUCUACCGGAAGGAGUGCCUGCCCACCCGCCGGGGCUUUGACACCUUCCUGGGCUCGCUCACGGGCAACGUGGACUACUACACCUAUGACAACUGCGACGGCCCAGGGGUGUGUGGCUUUGACCUGCACGAGGGCGAGAGUGUGGCCUGGGGGCUCAGCGGCCAGUAUUCCACUCUGCUCUAUGCCCAGCGCGUCAGCCACAUCCUAGCCAGCCAAAGUCCCCGGCAGCCCCUCUUCCUCUAUGUGGCCUUCCAGGCGGUACACACACCCCUGCAGUCCCCUCGUGAGUACCUGUACCGCUACCGCACCAUGGGCAAUGUGGCCCGGCGCAAGUACGCGGCCAUGGUGACCUGCAUGGAUGAGGCCGUGCGCAAUAUCACCUGGGCCCUCAAGCGCUACGGUUUCUAUAACAACAGUGUCAUCAUCUUCUCCAGUGACAAUGGUGGCCAGACCUUCUCGGGGGGCAGCAACUGGCCACUGCGAGGACGCAAGGGCACCUACUGGGAAGGGGGUGUGCGGGGCUUGGGCUUCGUCCACAGCCCCCUUCUCAAGAGAAAGCGACGGACAAGCCGGGCGCUGGUGCACAUCACUGACUGGUACCCAACCCUGGUGGGUCUGGCAGGUGGCACCGCCUCGGCGGCCGAUGGGCUGGAUGGCUAUGACGUGUGGCCAGCCAUCAGCGAGGGCCGGGCCUCGCCACGCACAGAGAUCCUGCACAACAUUGACCCGCUCUACAACCACGCCCGGCACGGCUCCCUGGAGGGUGGCUUUGGCAUCUGGAACACCGCUGUGCAGGCCGCCAUCCGUGUGGGUGAGUGGAAGCUGUUGACAGGAGACCCCGGCUAUGGUGAUUGGAUCCCACCGCAGACGCUAGCUGCCUUCCCUGGCAGCUGGUGGAACCUGGAGCGGAUGGCCAGUGCUCGCCAGGCUGUGUGGCUCUUCAACAUCAGUGCUGACCCCUACGAACGGGAGGACCUCGCUGGCCAGCGGCCGGAUGUGGUCCGAGCCCUGCUGGCCCGCCUGGUGGACUAUAACCGCACAGCCAUCCCCGUGCGCUACCCGGCUGAGAAUCCCCGGGCCCAUCCUGACUUUAAUGGGGGUGCUUGGGGGCCCUGGGCCAGUGAGGAAGAAGAGGAAGAGGAGGAGGAAGGCAGGGCUCGAAGCUUCUCCCGGGGGCGCCGCAAGAAAAAAUGCAAGAUUUGCAAGCUGCGGUCCUUUUUCCGUAAACUCAACACCAGACUGAUGUCCCACCGGAUCUGAUGGGGUGGGGGAGGUGAGAUACUUCCCCACUCAAGCCUGGCCCUGCCCCUUUUCUUGGGGGGCCCUAGGUCAUUUCCCCAUCUGCAAGGAAAUGGAGGGCGUAGAGCGCCUCAGUUGAAGAGUGGGGAGUUUGGCUUGGGGGUAGGGGAGAAUAAACCAGACAGGAUGGCUGGGUCCCAGUCCUGCCUCUAUUGACUUGUUCUGUGACCUCGGGUGACCUGCACAAGCUCCCUAGGCCUCAAUUUCCUCAUCUGGAAA